AUGGAAGAGACUGUCGUAGAAGAUGAAUAUCCUUUUGUAUUAGAAUGUGAGAAAUAUUACGAAAUUAUAGUAAAAAAUAUUGGUAGAAAAUGGUUGGCUCUUGGUAAUGAAGUAUGCAAAGAUCAUGCAACAUAUUGCUAUGAAGUUAUGGAUAGCUUUUACACUUUUGAGUCAAGAGCAUCCUAUAUGUUGUAUUACGGCAAAGUCGUGAACAAAACUUUUAAAGAGCUAUUAGAAAUUAUGAUCAAAAUAGGCUGCCGGGAUAUUGCUGAACAAUUACAAUACUUAUUGCAACACAUACCCAUAAUCUCCAAUCAUCACAACGUUCUCUACAAAGAAUUUACUAAGAAUAUUGGUAAACAAUUGAAGAGAAUUGAUCAAGAUGGAGGUCAUAUCUUAAUACAUGGAGGUGUUGGAAGUGGUAAAACUACGGCUGUCUGUCAAUCUAUUCAAAGAGCUAUUGAGAAUGAAGGCUGCUUUAAAUUUUAUAGCUGCUAUUGGCUUCGAAUUGGUACUGUGACUUAUACUUAUAUUCAGAACAUACUAAUGCCAGAUCCUUUAGGACACGAAUAA